AUGCAUUUCAGCAAGGUCUUUAUCUACACUGCCAUGUUCGCAGUCAGCGCUUCUGCUCUUCCCAGUCAAACCCAAGUCUCGGGGCUUCAGACCCCUAUCGAUGGCUUCGAUAUCAUCAUCCCGCAGUGGGAGGUUCAGGCUGCCCCUAGAGGCGCGAAGUUGAUACUUGCCGGAACGGUUGAGCAGGUUCUUGCGGAGCUCCAGGCCAUCAACCCCAAUUAUGCGCAAGACUUUAAUCUCGAUUUUGAGCUUCCUUCUCCUGCGGUUCACAAGCGUAACGACUUUGACAGCGCCGCUUUCGCGUGCAACGUCACCAAAGCUAUGGCUGAUCAGAAUAUCAUCGUCAAGGGUGCCAAGUACCUCAGAGGCGUCAAGGGAAAGCCUUACCACCCACCUGGGCCUAAGACCUGCGCUCGUGCACAGACUUCUCGAGAGCUUGAUUCUUACGCUCUGAUUGCUGACGGUACGGAUCAUAUCAUUCAAGUCUGCAAGACCAAUGGCGAGUGGAUCGAUGGUCAAACGUGGCACAAGGAUAACUGGAGUGUUGUCGUUGGCCGCGACAACUGCUAA